GUGGGCGGGACUUCCUGCAACGCCCCAGGGUGGUGUCAAUAUGGUUGAGUGGGGAUCUGUUCACCCUCAGGCUGAGUCGAGACUGAGGUGAAAGAGCGGAAAAACGCGAGAAAAGGUUUCCCCGCUGUACAGAGGCUAGAGUGAGGCUCGACUGAGUCGGGUGUAGGCGUCGGUGCCUUCGACAGCGUCCAGGUCACCGCCGCUCCCGCCCCUCUCUUCCCUGGCUGUGCUAGCGGAGGCCGCGCCGAUGAACCUGACUGAGGGUUCAUAGCAGUGGCAGCAGUGCUUAUGGAUGCUGGACAGGAUUGUAUGGUUUUUGAGGACGUGGCCAUACAUUUUUCCCAGGAGGAGUGGGGGAUUCUUAAUGGCGUUCAGAGACACCUGCACAGCGAUGUGAUGCUGGAGAACUUUGCACUUUUGUCAUCAGUAGGUUGUUGGCAUGGAGCCAAGGAUGAGGAGGCACCUUCCAAGCAGUGUGUUUCUGUAGGAGUGUCACAGGUCACAACUCUAAAGCCAGCUUUGUGCACCCAGAAGGCCCCGCCCUGUGAGACAUGUAGCUCACUUCUGAAGGACAUCCUGCACCUGGCUGAGCAUGACAGAACACACCCCAAGCGUACAGCUGAGCUUUACCUGCACCAAAAGGAGCAUGUUAGAGAGAAGCUCACCAGAAGUGAUGAAGGGAGGCCUUCGUUUGUGAAUGACAGUGUUCACCUGGCAAAGAGGAACUUCACAUGCAUGCACGGUGGCAAGGAUUUUACUGGUGAUUCAGAUCUUCAACAACAGGCUCUUCCCAGUGGGUGGAAGCCACACAGAGACACUCGUGGUGUGGAGGCCUUUCAAAGUGGACAGAAUGAUUACAGCUGCAGCCAAUGUGGAAAAGACUUUUGCCACCAGCGUAUGCUGUUUGAGCACCAGAAAAUCCACACAGAGGAAAGGCCUUAUGAGUGCAGUGAAUGUGGCAAAUUUUUUAGGUACAACUCCGACCUUAUUAAACAUCAGCGAAAUCAUACUGGAGAAAGGCCUUAUAAGUGUAGUGAAUGUGGAAAAGCCUUCAGCCUCAAAUAUAAUGUUGUUCAACACCAGAAAAUUCACACUGGAGAAAGGCCUUAUGAGUGCAGUGAAUGUGGGAAAGCUUUCCUUAGAAAGUCUCACCUACUUCAGCACCAGAGAAUUCACACCAGGCCAAGGCCUUAUCUGUGUAGUGAAUGUGGGAAGACUUUCCUUACACAGGCUCACCUUGUUGGUCACCAGAAAAUUCAUACUGGAGAACGGCCUUAUGGAUGCAAUGAAUGUGGGAAAUACUUUAUGUACAGUUCAGCACUCAUUAGACAUCAGAAAGUUCACACUGGAGAAAGGCCUUUUUAUUGCUGUGAAUGUGGGAAAUUCUUUAUGGACAGCUGCACACUCAUUAUUCACCAGAGAGUUCAUACUGGAGAAAAACCUUAUGAAUGCAACGAAUGUGGGAAAUUCUUCAGAUACCGUUCCACACUCAUUAGACAUCAGAAAGUUCACACUGGAGAAAAGCCUUAUGAGUGUAGUGAAUGUGGGAAAUUCUUUAUGGACACUUCCACACUCAUUAUUCAUCAGAGAGUUCACACUGGAGAAAAGCCUUAUGAAUGCAGUGAAUGUGGGAAAUUCUUUAGGUAUUGCUUCACACUGAAUAGACAUCAGAGAGUUCACUCUGGAGAGAGGCCUUAUGAAUGCAGUGAAUGUGGCAAAUUCUUUGUGGACAGCUGUACACUGAAGAGUCAUCAGAGAGUUCACACUGGAGAAAGACCUUUUGAAUGCAGCAUUUGUGGAAAAUCCUUUAGGUGUCGCUCCACACUUGAUACACAUCAGAGAAUUCACACUGGUGAAAGGCCUUAUGAGUGUAGUGAAUGUGGGAAAUUCUUUAGGCACAACUCAAAUCAUAUUAGACAUCGGAGAAAUCACUUUGGAGAAAGGUCUUUUGAGUGCACUGAGUGUGGGAGAGUUUUCAGCCAAAAUUCCCACCUCAUUCGGCACCAGAAAGUUCACACUAGGGAAAGAACUUAUAAAUGCAGCAAAUGUGGGAAAUUUUUUAUGGACAGCUCCACACUCAUUAGUCAUCAGAGAGUUCAUACUGGAGAAAAGCCUUAUGAAUGCAGUGAAUGUGGGAAAGUCUUUAGAUACAACUCCAGCCUCAUUAAACAUCGGAGAAUUCACACUGGAGAGAGACCUUAUCAGUGUAGUGAAUGUGGGAGAGUCUUUAACCAAAAUUCUCAUCUCAUUCAGCACCAGAAAGUUCACACCAGAUAAAGAAUGUGUAUAUAAAGCAGACAUGGAAAGACUUCACACAGAAAUCUACUCUGAUUUAACACUGGGACCUAUGUUUUUAAAAAAGUAUUCUUGUAGAAUACAGAUAACAUAAAAUCUAACAUCAUAACCAUGUUAAAGUGUAUAGUUCAGUACUGUUAGUCAUUCACAUUGUGCAAUGAAUAUCUAGAAGUCUUUUCAAUUUAUGAAACUAAGUCUAUACCUUUUAAAACCUUAUUCCCCAGUCCACCCAGCUUCUUGACAAGCACCACUCUCUAUGAAUUUUACUAGUCUGGGUACCUCAUAUAAGAAAACUUAAGUUUUGGUCUUGUGGAUUAUUUUGUGGCUUAUUUUGCUUAAUGUUAUAUUUUUAAGGUUUCAUGUUCUAAUCCAUUAGAAUUUCCAUCCUUUUUAAAGGCUGAAUAAAAUUCUGUUACAGUCAUGUGUUGCUUAACA